CGCCGGACCACAGGCUGCGGAGGGUCAGGCCCCCGGGCGCUGCUUUUAGGCGGAGCGACUUUGGAUCUCCGAGCCGCGCUCCGCCCUCAGCUAUCUUUGUGUGGUUUGUAUCAGGAAUGAAAUCAUCUGAAAGCUCAGAGCAGAAACCUUUUUGGUCAACAUGGAAGACAAAAGAAGGCGAGCCCGAGUGCAGGGAGCCUGGGCUGCCCCUGCCCAGAGCCAGGCUACUGCGAAGCCAGCUACCACUGCUAGGAGCCAUCUCCAUCAGACUUCUAGUCAGACCUGGAGGAACAAGGAGCCUCAUCUGUCUGACAGAGAGUUUGUGUUUAGAGAACCUCAGCAGGUAGUACGUAGAGCCCCAGAACCACGAGUGAUUGACAAGGAGGGUGUGUAUGAAAUCAGCCUGGCACCCACAGGUGUAUCUAGGGUGUGCUUGUAUCCUGGCUUCCUUGACUUGAAAGAAGCUGACUGGAUGUUGGAACAGCUUUGCCGGGACGUCCCCUGGAAACAGAGGAUGGGCAUCAGAGAGGAUAUAACUUAUCCACAACCAAGACUUACAGCAUGGUAUGGAGAACUUCCGUACACUUAUUCAAGAAUCACUAUGGAACCAAAUCCUCACUGGCAUCCUGUGCUGAGCACCCUGAAGAACCGCAUUGAGGGGAACACUGGCCACACCUUCAACUCCUUACUCUGCAAUCUUUAUCGGAACGAGAAGGACAGUGUGGACUGGCACAGCGAUGAUGAACCCUCACUAGGGAGAUGCCCCGUCAUCGCUUCACUCAGUUUUGGCGCCACACGCACUUUUGAGAUGAGAAAGAAGCCCCCGCCUGAAGAGAAUGGAGACUACACGUAUGUGGAGAGAGUAAAGAUUCCCUUGGAUCACGGGACCUUGUUAAUCAUGGAAGGAGCUACCCAGGCUGAUUGGCAGCAUCGAGUGCCCAAGGAAUACCACUCCAGAGAACUCAGAGUCAACCUGACCUUUCGGACAGUUUAUCCACACCCUUGAGGGUGCUCCUUGGUGAUGGAGGUCCUGGCUAGAAGAGCCUCAGUGAGUCCAGCCACGCCAACGCUGAGCAGCCCUUCCUCCGGAAGAAGCUUGAGAGGCUACUCCAGCUGGUCUCGUGAUGUGGCUGUUUGGAAGAUGGUGGCAUUGCUUCCCAGCUUGGAGUCCUAUUAAAUGAGAGCCACCAGCAGUUCAUGUUGGUAAUAUGUCUACUGUGGGAACGGUUAUUCCAAAGCACAUCUCAAAAUUGCACAUUAUCUUUAGGCAAAUUAAAACUGCUAUGGCUAUGCUCACGGAUGAUUUGGUCCAGAAGCUGCUUUUCUUCUGCCCUCCCCCUGUAAUUUGAAGAAAUACAAAUGGCCUUGUGCCUCUGGGGA